ACUUGGUGACCCCUUCUAGCCUUUCCCACCAAAAAAAAUCCCAGCUCCGGAAGCUUCCAACCACGUAAAUAAUAAACGACAUCAUCAAAUCUGUCCAAGUCAUCAUCUUUCCAUUUUCUCAACAAAUUUUCUUAUUAAAAUGGCCGAUACUUCUGAGCCAGCGGCAGAAACGCCAUCUCAGAGACAGGCGCGCAUUAGGAAGGAAAAGAGAGAAGCAAAAAUUAGAGACGGGGGAAAUGCAAGGUUGAAUAAGAUUAUUGGAUUAGGUGGUGGUUUACCUAGAGAGGAGGUUCCAUCGCCAGAGCCAGCGCCAGCGCAAACAGCUCCCAAGGCUACAAACCAUGCGGAUCCAGAUGAAGUAGAUAUCUCGAAUCAUUAUUAUGAGCCGCAGACUCGCACGCCGAUCCAGAGGUCUCAGAGUGGACAGCAACAACAGCAACUGAAUGAUGAUCAGUUAAGACAAAUGAUGUUGGGUAUGGAUCCAGGCUCUUUGGGUGGUGCUCCUGGACAGAAUCCAUUUGGAGGAGCUCCUGGCCAAAACCCUUUCGCAGGUUUCCCAGGCAUGGGAGGCGCACCCGGCGAAGACGGCGCAAACGAUCCCAUGAUGCAAAUGUUACAACAGAUGAUGGGAGGAAUGGGUGGACCGCCGGGCGAAGGACAAACUGGCAUGCCUUCAUUUCCAGGUAUGCCUGGUAUGCCCGGUAUAGGGAUGGAGGGACAAGCUCAAGCCGCUGCUGUUGAUCCUUAUGCAUAUAUUUGGCGCAUAGUUCAUGCUGUUUUCGCAUUAUCCCUCGGCUUGUACAUAGCACUUACGACAUCAUUUACGGGCACGAAAUACGCACGCGAGGCGUCGGGUUUGACGAAUGAUGGAUUGAGCGCGGAUAGUGUGCAUUUCUUCUGGAUCUUUGCAACAGCAGAGGUGGUCUUGUUGAGCAGCAGAUUUUAUUUGGAGAAGGGAGAUUCGAUGCCCGCUGGUAUGAUGGGGACAGUGAUAGGUUUCUUGCCAGAGCCUUGGAAGAGUUAUGUGGGCAUGGCCUUGAGAUAUGGACGUAUUUGGGGAACAGUUAGUGGAGAUGCCAUGGUUUGUGUUUUUGUGUUGGGAGUUUGUGCUUGGUUAAGAGGCGGCAACUAAAAUACUUGGCAUAGGUACUGAAAAUUGCUAAUGAUGAUGAUGAUGAUGAUGAUUCCCUAUCUAUAUGAGUUCUGGAUAUUAUUUGUCCAAGGUUCCCUGAUUCUCAAUUCAGCUUAUUGUUUGACACGGUCGGCAAGAUAUGAUCUAUCUGAC